ACGUAUUUCCGGUGUACAGAAUCAGCGCGCUGGAUUUGAGAGUCGGCUUACUGACAGCGCAGCGUACUGUCGAUAGUGUCCUGGGAUUCACAACUUUGGUCAAUACAAGUUGACAAAUUUGACAUCGUGAAUGAUUUAAGUUUUACAGGAAUGGAGGGUGACAGAAUGGAGAUCCAUGUGGAGGUCCAUGUUAAAUCUCAAUCCACAGCCAAACUAUCUGAGGUGAAGUUGCAUGUUCUGGCUCUGCUGAAUCGACACAGCAUGGUUUUCGGGAACUACAGAUGGGCAGAGUUUGAUGAAGACUUCUUGCAGAGAAAUGUAGAAAGUGUGUCCCUUGUUGAUUUGGAGGCGAUAAUAACACAGCCCCUUGACUUAAAGACCUGCUCUGUCUCCGUUCACAUCUUCACUCUGAAUGAGGAUGGACCCAGCACCCUCAGCUUGGAGGACGACGAGGAGCUUUCAGCAGCCAAUCACUGGUUGCUGCCUGCUGCUGAAUUCCACGGUAUCUGGGAGAGUCUGGUGUAUGAGAGUGGAGUCAAAACUGAGCUCCUGGAUUACGUCACAACAACAAUUUACUUCUCAGACAAAAAUGUCGACAGCAACCUGAUUUCAUGGAACCGUGUUGUACUGCUUCAUGGACCCCCAGGCACCGGGAAAACAUCCCUGUGCAAAGCUCUUGCCCAGAAGCUGUCAAUCAGACUGUCGAGUCGGUAUUCAUAUGGGCAAUUUGUGGAGAUAAACAGCCACAGCUUGUUUUCAAAGUGGUUCUCAGAGAGCGGUAAACUGGUCACAAAGAUGUUUCAAAAGAUCCAACAACUGAUUGAUGACAAAGAUGCUCUCGUUUUUGUCCUGAUUGAUGAGGUGGAGAGUCUGACAGCAGCUAGGAAUGCCUGCCAGGCGGGAACGGAGCCCUCCGACGCCAUCCGAGUGGUCAACUCCGUCCUCACACAACUGGAUCAGAUCAAACGACAUUCCAACGUUGUGAUCCUGACGACCUCCAACGUGACAGAAAAGAUCGACUUGGCGUUUGUGGACAGAGCCGACAUCAAGCAGUAUAUCGGACCUCCAUCGGAGAAGGGCAUCUACAACAUCUACCUCUCCUGCCUGGAGGAGCUCAUGAAGUGCCAGAUCAUCUACCCCCGGCAGCAGCUGUUCACCAUGUUUGAGCUGGAAACGAUGGGCUUUGCAAAGAGCGAGGUGUCCGAACACAGUCUGAACCUGAGGAGCAUAGCUCUAAAAAGUGAAGGUUUGAGUGGAAGAGCGCUCAGAAAGUUACCAUUUCUUGCCCAUGCACUGUUCGUAAAGACGCCGACUGUGACUCUUGAGAGGUUUCUGGAGGCAAUGGAUCUAGCAGUGGAUAAACAGAAGGAGGAAAAGGCCAACCUGGUCAACGCAGUCUGAACACAUUACAAAGGCCAAAAGGCCGACACAUGAUUGUUCUUAACUCUCCAAUACCUUGUUAUGUUUAUUUUGUAACAUUUGUCUCCUUUUUAUAAAGCUUUAUGAAUCCUUGUGGUAGCACCAUGUUGAAUGAAUUGUCAUGUAAUGGUUUUAACAGUUGAUAUCAAUAACACAAGUGGUUCAGGCUGUUCUGUUGGUGCUCCUUAUUUAAAAAACCCAAAGUCCAUGUGUUUGUUUCAGUCAGGGAGUUUGGUUUAACCCCAAGUGUUUACUCUUCUUGUUUUCAAAGUGAUAUUUUUAUGUAACAUUCAACUUUAACCUUACAAGCUCUUUUGCUUCUUUUUUUUUCUCUCCACUUGUGGCGGUUGCUUUUUAGUCCUGAUUUCUCUGCUCACACAUCAGCUCAGUCUGCCGAUUCUGUCCGAGACAUUGGUGUUGUAGCUUCUCGGACAGAAAUGAAUGGGAGUCCCAUAGAUUCAGAUUACCUGAGUGUUGUGUUGCAUUUAAAGGAACUUCAUUUCUUACAUACAUGUUGCUAACUCACUAAGAUACCUCCAUUCAAAGGAUCCCUACAACACGCUGAUGUUCAUGUUCAUAUCGACUUAAUGUCGAAAAAGUCAGCUGAUUCUUAGAAAUGCACGUUUUGUGCUCUGUUUUUGAGUUGUGCUUAAAAGGGAUCCUAUCAGUUGAUCAUCUGUUUAAAAUGUAUUUGUAGGUUCAGCUAUUUAUUCUAACAUCAUUCCUCUUCUAAUGCUCAUUAUUAUUUUGUAUAUAACAUUGUAAUAAAUAUCCUUGUCUAUG